CUGGAUUUCUCAUCCUCCAAAUCCUCUUCAAAGUUCAAACCAAUUCACAGCGAAUCUUCAAGAGCUCCAAUUCAGCUAUUUUCAAUUCAAUUUCCGACUCUUUUUGAAACAAACUUAAGCUUUUUCUUGCCUGUGUUGUUCUUGAAUCUUGGUUGGUUUUUAAAAUGGAUGAAAUUGAUGUUCCUCCAUUUUUUAUCUGCCCCAUCUCUCUUGAGAUUAUGAAGGAUCCUGUUACGGUUUUAACAGGGAUUACGUACGACAGGGAGAGCAUUGAGAAAUGGUUGUUUUCAGGGAAAAACACCACAUGUCCGGUUACAAAGCAAGUUAUAGCAGAUUGUGAACUUACCCCAAAUCAUACCCUAAGAAGAUUGAUUCAAUCUUGGUGCAUGUUAAAUGCUUCCCAUGGAAUCGAAAGAAUCCCAACGCCAAAGCCACCCAUCAGCAAAGCUCAGAUUACCAAGCUCCUCAAUGAUGCCAAGUCACCCCAGCAACAGAUAAAGUGUCUCGGGAGGCUACAGUCCAUGGCUUCUGAGAAUGCUACAAACAAAAGGUGCAUGGAAUCUUCAGGCGCAGUUGAGUUCUUAGCUUCAAUUGUUAGUAAUUACGACUUUACAGCAGCUGAAGAAUCAUUAGAUAACGAGUUUGAGUCAAUAAGACCAACUGAUGAGGCUUUAAGCAUUCUCUACAAUCUCCAACUCUCAGAAGCUGCUCUCAAGAAUCUUAUGGGCAAAAAUGGUGAUUUUGUACUGUCCUUAACAAGAGUAAUGCAAGGUGGAAGCUACGAGUCUCGGGCUUAUGCAGUACUUUUGUUGAAAUCAAUGCUGGAGAUAGCUGACCCAAUGCAACUCAUCAGCUUGAGACCUGCAUUAUUCGUCGAAUUAAUUCAAGUUUUACGUGAUCAAAUUUCUCAGCAGGCCUCAAAAGCUACUCUAAAAUUGUUGGUCAGUAUUUGUCCAUGGGGUAGAAACAAGAUUAAGGCAGCUGAAGCCGGCGCGGUACCUGUUCUGAUUGACUUGCUUCUUGAUUCAUCUGAGAGAAGGGCUUGCGAGAUGAUACUAACAGUGCUGGAUGCAGUAUGCGGAUGUGCAGAAGGCCGAUCCGAGCUGCUAAAGCAUGGGGCAGGGCUCGCUAUUGUUUCAAAGAAGAUACUUAGGGUUUCUCAGGUUGCAAGUGAAAAGGCAGCGAGAAUUUUGCUGUCUAUUUCCAAGUUCUGUGCCACUACUAAUCUGCUUCAAGAGAUGUUGCAACUAGGGGUUGUGGCUAAAUUGUGCUUGGUACUUCAACUAGAUUGUGGAUUCAAGACUAAAGAGAGGGCCAGAGAGGUGCUCAAAUUGAAUGCUAGAGUUUGGAAGGAUUCUCCUUGCAUGCCAAGCAAUCUGCUCUCUUUCUAUCCAGCUUGACCAUAGGGCAAAACUAGAUAGAUUCCAGAGUUUCAAACUUUUUGUUUCUUUUUGUCAAUUACCAAUACUUGUGUACAUAUAUGAUCGUUCAUCGAUAUACUUAAAUAGCAAAAGCUAGCAACAUUCAUGGAAAAAAAAAAAAAACUGGUGCCUGAACAAAUUAAAUUUAUAAUUCAUGGCAAAAGAAGAACAUUGUUUUAUGUUCGUAACUUAAAUGAUUGGAUUCUGACUUCAUCAUUAAUUUAUUGACAAGCUGUUGAUUUA